CAAAUAGAGAAUAAAACUUGGAGGGCAAACAGGACAGGGGAUGUUGAUGUUUUACCUUUAAGUAAGAAGUCAGUGAAAACUCACUGUAAUGAUGACCCCAAAGAGGCAAAUACAUUCCCCUGUGAGGUAUUUGCCCUGGCUCUCCAUAAGGAACUUUCUCUCCUAGGUGAUAGCCCUGUUUCCCUCCUCUUUCUCUGGGCCAUCACUAGAUCUCCCUUCUCCACAGUGUGGAAUCCCACUUGGUCCUGUAGAGCCAUCUCGGUAACUGAAGGGGGAGUGUUGAUAAUUCCUACAGUAAUAUAGGUUUGUCAGUUCCUAUGCUGUUUUAUCAGUUCUUAGAUAUUUUCAAAUUUACUAUGUAUGUUCAAUCUCUGGAUUAACAUGUUUUCUACGAAUGUGGGACUCUGAUAGUAAAUUACUAUUAGGACUAUUUAUGGUACUUACAGAAGUUUUCAGUUAGUGUCUCCUGAUGUAUUUUACCCUCUACAAAUUCCAGCCUCUCUAUUUCCCUAAUGAUUAGAUGUAUCUCUCAUAAAACCCUUCCCCUUUUCAUUUUGUCUUCAUCCACGUACAUAUAUGCUGUUUGAUCUUUCAUUUUAACUGGUUUUGUUUGUCCCUCUGAUCUAGGCAACCUCAUUCCUUUGUCUAAUAAAGUUAUGCACUUUAUAUUUGUACCACAUUCUUUAUCUGAUUUAAAAAAAUCAUUUAACUAUUUUCUUUUUAAAAUAUUUUUAUUAGGUAUUUUCCUCAUUUACAUUUCCAAUGCUAUACCAAAAGUCCCCCAUAGCUAUCCUUUCACCCCCCUACCCACCCACUCCCAAUUUUAGGCCCUGGCAUUCCCCUGUACUGGGACAUAUAAGGUUUACAUGUCCAGUGGGCCUCUCUUUCCACUGAGGGCCGACUAGGCCAUCUUUUGAUACAUAUGCAGCUAGAGUCAAGAGCUCUGGGGUACUGGUUAGUUCAUAUUGUUGUUGUACCUACAGGGUUGCAGAACCCUUUAGCUCCUUGGAUACGUUCUCUAGCUCCAACAUUGGGGGCCCUGUGAUCCAUUCAAUAGCGGACUGUGAGCAUCCACUUACAUGUUUACUAGGCCCCAGCAUACUCUCACAAGAGACAGCUAUAUCAGGGUCCUUUCAGCAAAAUCUUGCUAGUAUAUGCAAUGGUGUCAGCGUUUGGAGGCUGAUUAUGGGAUGGAUCCCUGGAUACGGCAGUCUCUAGAUGGUCCAUCCUUUUCUCUCAGCUCCAAACUUUGUCUCUGUAACUCCUUCCAUGGGUGUUUUGUUCCCAAUUCUAAGAAGGGGCAAAGUGUCCACACUUUUGUCUUCAUUCUUGUUCAGUUUCAUGUGUUUUGCAAAUAGUAUCUUAUGUCUUGGGUAUACUAAGUUUCUGGGCUAAUAUCCAUUUAUCAGUGAGUAUAUAUCAGCUCCAAAUUUUGUCUCUGUAACUCCUUCCAUGGGUGUUUUGUUCCCAUUUCUAAGAAGGGGCAAAGUGUCUACACUUUUGUCUUCGUUCUUCUUGAAUUUCAUGCGUUUAGCAAAUUGUAUCUUAUAUCUUGGGUAUCCUAACUUUCUGGGCUAAUAUCCACUUAUCAGUGAGUACAUAUUGUGAGAGUUCCUUUGUGAUUGGGUUACCUCACUCAGGAUGAUGCCCUCCAGGUCCAUCCAUUUGCCUAGGAAUUUCAUAAAUUCAUUUUUUUAAAUACCUGAGUAGUACUCCAUUGUGUAAAUGUACCACAUUUUCUGUAUCCAUUCCUCUGUUGAGGGGCAUCUGGGUUCUUUCCAGCUCCGGGCUAUUAUAAAUAAGGCUGCUAUGAACAUAGUGGAGCAUGUGUCCUUCUUACCGGUUGGGACAUCUUCUGGAUAUAUGCCCAGGAGAGGUAUUGCGGGAUCCUCCGGUAGUACUAUGUCCAAUUUUCUGAGGAACUGCCAGACUGAUUUCCAGAGUGGUUGUACAAGCUUGCAAUCCCACCAACAAUGGAGGAGUGUUCCUCUUUCUCCACAUCCUCGCCAGCAUCUGCUGUCACCUGAAUUUUUGAUCUUAGCCAUUCUGACUGGAGUGAAGUGGAAUCUCAGGGUUGUUUUGAUUAGCAUUUCCCUGGUGAUUAAGGAUGUUGAACAUUUUUUUAGGUGCUUCUCAGCCAUUCGGUAUUCCUCAGGUGAGAAUUCUUUGUUCAGCUCUGAGCCCCAUUUUUCAUGGGGUUAUUUGAUUUUCUGGAGUCCACCUUCUUGAGUUCUUUAUAUAUUGGAUAUUAGUCCCCUAUCCGAUUUGGGAUAGGUAAAGAUCCUUUCCCAAUCUGUUGGUGGCCUUUUUGUCUUAUUGAUGGUGUCUUUUGCUUUGCAGAAGCUUUGCAAUUUUAUGAGGUCCCAUUUAUCGAUUCUCGAUCUUACAGCACAAGCCAUUGCUGUUCUAUUCAGGAAUUUUCCCCCUGUACCCAUAUCUUCGAGGCUUUUCUCUACUUUCUCCUCUAUAAGUUUCAGUGUCUCUGGUUUUAUGUGGAGUUCCUUAAUCCACUUAGAUUUGACCUUAGUACAAGGAGAUAGAAAUGGAUCAAUUCGCAUUCUUCUACAUGAUAACCGCCAGUUGUGCCAGCACCAUUUGUUGAAAAUGCUGUCUUUUUUCCACUGGAUGGUUUUAGCUCCCUUGUCAAAGAUCAAGUGACCAUAGGUGUGUGGAUUCAUCUCUGGGUCUUCAAUUCUGUUCCAUUGGUCUACUUGUCUGUCACUAUACCAAUACCAUGCAGUUUUUAUCACAAUUGCUCUGUAGUACAGCUUUAGGUCCGGCAUGGUGAUUCCACCAGAGGUUCUUUUAUCCUUGAGAAGAGUUUUUGCUAUCCUAGGUUUCUUGUUAUUCCAGAUGAAUCUGCUGAUUGCCCUUUCUAAUUCGUUGAAGAAUUGAGUUGGAAUUUUGAUGGGGAUUGCAUUGAAUCUGUAGAUUGCUUUUGGCAAGAUAGCCAUUUUUAAAAUGUUGAUCCUGCCAAUCCAUGAGCAUGGGAGAUCUUUCCAUCUUCUGAGAUCUUCUUUAAUUUCUUUCUUCAGAGACUUGAAGUUCUUGUCAUACAGAUAUUUCACUUCCUUAGUUAGAGUCACACCAAGGUAUUUUAUAUUAUUUGUGACUAUUGAAAAGGGUGUUGUUUCCCUAAUUUCUUUCUCAGCCUGUUUAUCCUUUGUGUACAGAAAGGCCAUUGACUUGUUUGAGUUAAUUUUAUAUCCAGCUACUUCACUGAAGCUGUUUGUCAGGCUUAGGGGUCUCUGGUGUAAUUUUUAGGGUCACUUAUAUAUACUAUCAUAUCAUAUGCAAAAAGUGAUAUUUUGACUUCCUCUUUCCCAAUUUGUAUCCCCUUGAUCUCCUUUUGUUGUUGAAUUGCUCUGGCUAAUACUUCAAGUACUAUGUUGAAAAGGUAGGGAGAUAGUGGGCAGCCUUGUCUAGCCCCUUAUUUCAGUGGGAUUGCUUACAGCUUCUCACCAUUUACUUUGAUGUCGGCUACUGGUUUGCUGUAGAUUGCUUUUAUCAUGGUUAGGUAUGGGCCUUGAAUUCCUGAUCUUUCCAAGACUUUUAUCAUGAAUGGGUGUUGGAUUUUGUCAAUGCUUUCUCUGCAUCUAACGAGAUGAUCAUGUGGUUUUUGUCUUUGAGUUUGUUUAUAUAAUGGAUUACAUUGAUGGAUUUUCGUAUAUUAAACCAUCCCUGCAUCCCUGGGAUGAAACCUACUUGGUUAGGAUGGAUGAUUGUUUUGAUGUGUUCUUGGAUUCCAUUUGUGAGAACUUUAUUGAGGAUUUUUGCAUUGAUAUUCAAAGUGAAAUUGGUCUGAAGUUCUCUAUCUUUGUUGGGUCUUUUUGUGGUUUAGGUAUCAGAGCAAUUGUGGCUUCAUAGAAUGAGUUGGGAAGAGUACCUUCUGUUUCUAUUUUGUGGAAUAGUUUGUGCAGAACUGGAAUUAGAUCUUCUUUGAAGGUCUGAUAGAACUCUGCACUAAACCCAUCUGGUCCUGGGCUUUUUUUGGUUGGAAGACUAUUAAUGACUGCUUCUAUUUCUUUAGGGGAUAUGGGGCUGUUUAGAUGGUUAACAUGAUCCUGAUUUAACUUUGGUACCUGGUAUCUGUCUAGAAAUGUGUCCAUUUCAUCCAGGUUUUCCAGUUUUGUUGAGUAUAGCCUUUUGUAGAAGGAUCUGAUGGUGUUUUGGAUUUCUUCAGGAUCUGUUAUGUCUCCCUUUUCAUUUCUGAUUUUGUUAAUUAGGAUGCUGUCCCUGUGCCCUCUAGUGAGUCUAGGUAAGGGUUUAUCUAUCUUGUUGAUUUUUUCAAAGAACCAGCUCCUCGUUUGGUUGAUUCUUUGAAUAGUUCUUGUUUCCACUUGGUUGAUUUUGCCCCUGAGUUUGAUUAUUCCCUGCUGUCUACUCCUCUUGGGUGAAUUUGCUUCCUCUUGUUCUAGAGCUUUUAGAUGUGUUGUCAAGCUGCUAAUGUGUGCUCUCUCUAGUUUCUUUUUGGAGGCACUCAGAGCUAUGAGUUUUCCUCUUAGAAAUGCUUUCAUUGUGUCCCAUAAGUUUGGGUAUGUUGUGGCUUAACUCUAAAAAGUCUUUAAUUUCUUUCAUUAACUCUAAAAAGUCUUUAAUUUCUCUCUUUAUUCCUUCCUUGUCCAAGGUCUCAUUGAGAAGUGUGUUGUUCAGUUUCCACGUGAAUGUUGGCUUUCCAUUAUUUAUGUUGUUAUUGAAGAUCAGCCUUAGUCCAUGGUGGUCUGAUAGGAUGCAUGGGACAAUUUCAAUAUUUUUGUAUCUGUUGAGGCUUGUUUUGUGACCAAUUAUAUGAUUAGUUUUGGAGAAGGUCCCGUGAGGUGCUGAGAAGAAGGUAUAUCCUUUUGUUAUAGGAUAAAAUGUUCUGUAGAUAUCUGUUAAGUCCAUUUGUUUCAUAACUUCUUUUAGUUUCACUGUGUCCCUGUUUAGUUUCUGUUUCCAUGAUCUGCCCAUUGAUGAAAGUGGUGUGUUGAAGUCUCCCACUAUUAUUGUUUGAGGUGCAAUGUGUGCUUUGAACUUUACUAAAGUUUCUUUAAUGAAUGUGGCUGUCCUUGCAUUUGGAGCAUAGAUAUUCAGAAUUGAGAGUUCCUCUUGGAGGAUUUUACUUGUGAUGAGUAUGAAGUGUCCCUCCUUGUCUUUUUUGAUAACUUUGGGUUGGAAGUCGAUUUUAUUUGAUAUUAGAAUGGCUACUCCAGCUUGUUUCUUCAGACCAUUUGUUUGGAAAAAUUGUUUUCCAGCCUUUCACUCUGAGGUAGUGUCUGUCUUUUUCCCUGAGAUGGGUUUCCUGUAAGCAGCAGAAUGUUGGGUCCUGUUUGUGUAGUCAGUCUGAUAGUCUAUGUCUUUUUAUUUGGGGAAUUGAGUCCAUUGAUAUUAAGAGAUACUAAGGAAAAGUAAUUCUUGCGUCCUAUUAUUUUUGUUAUUAGAGUUGGCAUUUUGUUCUUGUGGCUGUCUUCUUUUUGGUUUGUUGAGGGAUUACUUUCUUGCUUUUUCUAGGGUGUGGUUUCCGGUUAUAGUAGCCUGGUCUGGCAUUUGUGUUCUCUUAGUGUCUGUAUAACAUCUGUCCAGGAUCUUUUGGCUUCCAUAGUCUCUGGUGAAAAUUCUGGUGUAAUUCUGAUAGGUCUGCCUUUAUAUGUUACUUGACCUUUCUCACUUACUGCUUUUAAUAUUCUAUCUUUAUUUAGUGCAUUUGUUGUUCUGAUUAUUAUGUGUCAGGAGGAACUUCUUUUCUGGUGCAGUUUAUUUGGAGUUCUGUAGGCUUCUUGUAUGUUCAUGGGCAUGUCUUUCUUUAGGUUUGGGAAGUUUUCUUCUAUAAUUUUGUUGAAAAUAUUUGCUGGCCCUUUAAGUUGAAAAUCUUCAUUCUCAUCUACUCCUAUUAUCCAUAGGUUUGGUCUUCUCAUUGUGUUCUGGAUUUCCUGGAUGUUUUGAGUUAGGGUCUUUUUGCAUUUUGUAUUUUCUUUGAUUGUUGUGCCGAUGUUCUCUAUGGAAUCUUCUGCACCUGAGAUUCUUUCUUCCAUCUCUUGUAUUCUGUUGCUGAUGCUCGCAUCAAUGGUUCCAGAUUUCUUUACUAGGGUUUCUAUCUCCAGCGGUGCCUCACUUUGGGUUUUCUUUAUUGUGUCUACUUCCCUUUUUAAGUCUUGGAUGGUUUUAUUCAAUUCCAUCACCUGUUUGGUCGUGUUUUCCUGCAAUUCUUUAAGGGAUUUUUGUGUUUCCUCUUUAAGGUCUUCUACCUGUUUUGCAGUGUUCUCCUGUAUUUCUUUAAGUGAGUUAUUAAAGUCCUUCUUGAUGCCCUCUACCAUCAUCAUGGGAUAUGCUUUUAAAUCCGGGUCUAGCUUUUCGGGUGUGUUGGGGUGCCCAGGACUGGGUGGGGUGGGAGUGCUGAGUUCUGAUGAUGGUGAGUGGUCUUGGUUUCUGUUAGUAAGAUUCCUACCUUUGCCUUUCACCAUCUGGUAAUCUCUGGAGCUUGUUCCUCAGGUGAUUAUGUUAGCCUCUAUCAGCAGGCCUGGGAUACUAGAUCUCUCCUUAGUUUCAGAGGUCAGAGUACUCUCUGCAGGCAAGCUCUCCUCUUGCAGGGAAGGUGCCCAGAUAUCUGGUGUUCGAACCUGCCUCCUGGCAGAAGUUGUGUUCCAGUUGUGACACUGAUCAGGCCAGGUUUUCUGCUUCCCUAAUUACUGCAGUCUCGGGUCCUUUGUGAUUGGAUUGGAGCAGAUGCUGUGUUCCACUCACCAGAGGUCUAAAGAUCCCGUGGAGGCUCCUGUGGGGACCUUGCAGGUGCCCGGAGAAUUUGCGCCCAAGGUACCCCGGGGAUGGCAUGGACCGGAUGAGACUUGUGACCCUGAUCAGACCGGGUUUUCUUCUUCCCUAGUUAAUGCAGUCUCAGGUCCCGUGCGAUUGGAUUGGAGCAGAGGCUGUGUUCCACUCACCAGAAGUCUUAAGAUCCUGUGGAGGCUCCUGUGGGGACCUUGCGGGUGUCCGGAGACUAUGCACCCAUUGUACCCCAGGGUUGGCAUGGACCGGAAGCCAUUUAACUAUUUUCUUUUUGCCCUUUUUGCUCCUUACCUUUUUUGCUAUUUAUAAAUCAACAGAGGAUUUUUAGUUGGCUUUUUAUUUCCUAGCAUAUCCUUCUCUCCCUCUCUUCCUCUCUCCUCUUCUUCAUCCCUCUUUCCCUCCCUCCCUUCUAUUCUUUUAGCUUUCUUGAGACAAAGGAACUCAGGUUCAAACUCACAGAAACCCCAGGUCCUGGCCUAGGUGGUAGCCACCAUUGCCCCCAGCGUAGUUUGUCCCACUUCCUCUAUAGUUCUUCCUCUACUAACUUGAAAUUAUUGACUACAGGUGUGCUGUGAUCAUCCUUGAAGCUUAAUCAUAGAUACUUAAAAAUAUUGGACCAAUGUCUGAUCACUGUAAGAAACAUGGCUUCUUCUUAUUUUCAUGCUACUGUUCAUUAUUGAAUGCCUGGCAUUAUCUUGGCUCUGUGUUUCACUGGUUGUUCACUCUUGAUAGCUAGUCCCUUAUACUGGUGACUUUUACUCCCCCUUCCCCCUAAAGUAUUUGUUACAAGCUGGUCUCAGCCCUCUUACAGGAUCAAGGAGAACCAUUUCCAGUGUCUCAUCUUGUGCACAUUCCAAAGGCCAAUGUCCCAACCUGGAUGGUCUGUUUUUUGGUUUUUUUUUUUUUGUUUUGUUUUUUGGUGUUUCAUUUUGUUUUGUUUUUUUGUUUUGUUUUUGUUCUUGCUUACAGCUUGGGAUCUAUUUCAGAUUGUAUUUUGCUAAGGGGAAUGCUGAACAGUUUUACAGUUUGUUCAGUAUCCAGCGGUUUUACAGCCCUAGUGUACUUCCUGAGAACAAGGAGUGUGUGCUACCUGUAGACGUUCCUUCACAUACCUGUGGAGUGUAAAGAGUUUUCCCUCAGUGUACUAGAUAUUAAAACUGACAGAUAUAACAAAGGCAAGGUAGGCGUGAAGGCACAGACUCCUCUGAAGUCACUUGAGGACAGUUUCAGCCAAGCCCAUAUGCCAUGGAGGUGUGUCAGCAUGCGGGCAAGCUGGGGGAGUGACUACAUUGCUCACCACUGACAGCUGUCCUGAGAACAGCCCUGUCGCCUCUUUCCUCAUGGGGUCCCAGAUCCUUCCAUCUGGUAUGAAUGACUUGUGAGUGAGUGUGUGUGUGUGUGUGUGUGUGUGUGUGUGUGUGUGUGUGUGUGUACUUAUAUACCUAAAGACUUCAAAACAUAAUGUAGAAAAAAUGUAUCAGGGCAAAUAGUUCAGACUAAGGUUUAAGACAAAAUUAACUUGCUUCUAAUGUAGUUACAUAUGUAUAAGCCUGAAGACCUUUUAUUACUUUAUUUACUAUUUAUUCAUUUGUGUGUGUGCACAGGCUUGUGUACAUGUGGGGGUUAGUACAACUUGUGGGAAUCCUCUUUCCUUUUCCUUUGCCACAUGGGUGUCAACUAUUAAAUUCAAGUUGUUAGGGUUUGUAACAAGUGAAGUGCCCUUAACCAGCUGAGCCAUUUUGCCUAUUUAUAUUCUAUUACUUUAUUUUUAAUUUAUAUUCUAAAUUCUUUUAACUCAUAUCCUAAAGGCUUUUACUAGUUCACUAAAGUAAAUAUGUGUCUCUUGUAUUUCUGCUUCUUUUUCCAUUGUACCAGUCAAUAAUACUUAGUAGAAGUAAUAUUAAUUUGAAUUGAUCACCUUGGUGGGUUAAUAUAUCAAUGACUUAUACACUAUUAUGCAUUCUGGUAGAUGGAACUUUGCUCAAUGUGAGCAAAUUCACAUAAGCUUCAUCCACCCCACUGUUUCCUUUUGUGUGUGUGUGAAAAAUGGGCUUGGGGUAGUGGCAAAGAUGUAGUCUUUUAUAAGUAAGCGUGUGGCUGGUAAAAUACACAAUAGACAAAGAAAGGCUCACAUUAACCUAAAGACCUGGAAAACUGCCAAGAAACAACAUCCCUGCAUAUCACCUCUGAGCUCUCUCUUAGCUGGGGCCUGGUUUCUGCACUGGGGGAAAUUGUUUUUACCAAAACUAUGUUUUCAAAGUAUAUUGUCAUUGGCAAAUAGCAUUUAAAGUAGCCCUCACGCAUUCAACUUGGAAAUAACCGGGCAGAAGCUAAUCACUGUUGCCGCUAAGGGGUUAAGUUUUUUGUGUUCAGUUUUCAGAAAAAAAGAAAAGAAAAGAAAAAGAAAGAAAAAAAAGAAAAAGAAAACACAUCUCAUGGUUGUUUCUAGCAGUAACUACACAGUGCUUGGAUCUUACACCUUUAAAAGGUCUGACUGCGUUGCUGGGCAGGUGUCAUGUGUGUUUAAAGAUGCCAUGGUUGUUAGGCACUCCAGCAGAGCGAGCGGCCCCUCCACAACUCAUGGAUUGCUGUUCUAGGAUCUGCUUCAAAAUACAGAUGCCCACAAAAGGGCGUUCCAUGAAAUCUACCAGACCAGGUCUGUCAAUGGGAUCCCGAUGCCUCCUGAUCAGCUAGAGGACAUGGCUGAGAGGUUUCAUUUUGUGUCCUCCACAUCCGAGCUGCACUUAAUGAAAAUGGAGUUUCUCGAACUGAAGUACCGUCUGCUGUCCCUGCUGGUCCUCGCUGAGUCAAAGCUGAAGUCCUGGAUCAUCAAGUAUGGGAGGCGAGAGUCUGUGGAGCUGCUGCUGCAAAGCUAUAUCUCUUUUAUAGAAAACAGCAAGUUCUUUGAACAGUAUGAAGUGACAUACCAGAUCCUGAAACAGACAGCUGACAUAUACGUCAAAGCAGAGGGCUCAGUGGAGGAAGCUGAGAACGUGAUGAAAUUCAUGAGUGAAGCCACUGCCCAGUGGAGGAACCUCUCCGUGGAAGUGCGGAGUGUACGGAGCAUGCUGGAGGAGGUGAUCUCCAACUGGGAUCGCUAUGGUGAUACCGUGGCUAGUCUCCAAGCCUGGCUAGAAGAUGCAGAGAAAAUGCUAAGCCAAUCAGAACAUGCCAAGAAGGAUUUUUUUCGAAAUCUGCCUCACUGGAUUCAGCAGCACACAGCCAUGAACGAUGCCGGGAAUUUCCUGAUUGAAACCUGUGAUGAGAUUGUUUCUCGAGACCUUAAACAGCAGUUGCUCUUAUUGAACGGUCGAUGGAGGGAGCUCUUCAUGGAAGUCAAGCAAUAUGCAAGAGCAGACGAGAUGGACAGAAUGAAGAAAGAGUAUAUAGACGUCACUACCACCCUCUUUGGUUUUGCAACUGAAGCCCACAGGAAACUCUCUGAGCCUUUAGAAGUCUCUUUUAUCAAUGUCAAGUUAUUAAUUCAAGACUUGGAGGAUCUGGAGAAGAGGGUGCCUGUGAUGGAUGCUCAGUACAAGAUGAUUGCCAAGAAGGCACAUCUCUUUGCCAAAGAAAGUCCCCAAGAAGAAGCGAAUGAAAUGCUUACAACCAUGUCCAAGCUCAAAGAACAGCUCUCCAAGGUCAAAGAAUGUUGCUCCCCACUGUUGUACGAGGCCCAGCAACUGACGGUUCCUUUGGAAGAACUGGAGACGCAAAUCACGUCCUUCUAUGACUCCCUUGGAAAAAUCAAUGAGAUUCUAUCAGUUCUUGAGCAAGAAGCACAAUCUAGCACUCUUUUUAAGCAAAAACACCAGGAACUGUUAGCUUCUCAAGAGAACUGUAAGAAAUCCUUGACACUCAUAGAGAAGGGCAGCCAAAGUGUUCAGAAGCUGGUGACCUCGAGCCAGGCACGAAAGCCCUGGGAUCACACAAAACUGCAGAAGCAGAUAGCAGAUGUCCAUCAUGCAUUCCAGAGCAUGAUCAAGAAAACUGGAGACUGGAAGAAGCACGUGGAAGCCAACAGCCGUUUGAUGAAGAAAUUUGAGGAGUCUCGGGCCGAGUUGGAGAAGGUGCUUAGGGUUGCUCAGGAGGGCCUAGAGGAGAAGGGGGACCCCGAGGAACUCCUUCGGAGACACACGGAGUUCUUCAGCCAACUGGACCAGAGGGUCCUCAAUGCUUUCCUAAAAGCCUGUGAUGAGCUAACUGACAUCCUCCCAGAGCAGGAGCAACAAGGCCUACAGGAGGCUGUUCGAAAGCUACACAAACAGUGGAAGGAUCUUCAGGGAGAAGCGCCUUAUCAUUUGCUCCAUCUGAAAAUCGCUGUGGAGAAAGACAGAUUCUCAGCUGCUGUGGAAGAGUGCAGAGCUGAGCUGGAGCAAGAGACCAAGCUGGCUCCUCAAGAAGGCAGCGAGAAGAUCAUAAAGGAACACAGGGUUUUCUUCAGUGACAAGGGUCCUCACCAUCUCUGUGAGAAGAGACUACAGCUCAUAGAGGAAUUGUGUGGGAAACUCCCCGUCCAGGACCCAGUAAGGGACACAUGUGGAGCCUGUCACACAGCUCUCAAAGAGCUCAAAGCUUCCAUUGACAACACUUACACAAUGCUCGUGGAUGACCCAGACAAGUGGAAGGACUAUACCAGCAGGUUUUCUGAGUUCUCCUCUUGGGUGUCUGCAAAGAAGGCAUGUUUGAAGAAAAUCAAGGAUGAGCCCAUUGACACUGGCAACCACGACGAGGUUAAGCAUAUGGUGGAUGAGAUCAGAAAUGACAUUACCAAGAAAGGAGAGAGUCUCAGCUGGCUGAAAUCCAGGCUUAAGUAUUUGAUUGAUAUUUCUUCAGAGAAUGAAGCCCAAAAGCGAGGAGAUGAGCUGGCAGAAUUAUCAAGCUCUUUCAAGGCUCUUGUGGCAUUACUGUCAGAGGUCGAAAAGCUUCUAAGCAACUUUGGAGAAUGCGUUCAGUACAAGGAAAUCGUGAAAAGUUCCCUUGAGGGGUUGAUAUCGGGCCCCCAAGAAAGCAAGGAAGAGGCUGAGAUGAUCCUGGACUCGAAAAAUCUGCUUGAGGCACAGCAGUUGCUCCUGCAUCACCAGCAAAAGACAAAGAUGAUCUCAGCAAAGAAGAGAGACCUCCAGGAGCAGAUGGAGCAGGCACAGCAGGGUGGGCAGGCAGGCCCAGGUCAAGAGGAGCUGCGGAAGCUGGAGAGCACCCUCACAGGCCUGGAGCAGAGCAGGGAGAGGCAGGAACGUCGCAUCCAGGUCAGCUUGAGGAAAUGGGAGCGGUUUGAGACAAACAAGGAGACGGUGGUCAGAUAUCUUUUCCAGACAGGUUCCAGCCACGAACGCUUCUUGAGCUUCAGCAGUUUGGAAAGCCUGUCAUCAGAGUUGGAGCAGACAAAGGAGUUUUCUAAGAGGACGGAAAGCAUUGCCACCCAGGCUGAGAACCUGGUCAAGGAAGCCGCAGAGUUGCCGCUGGGGCCCAGGAAUAAGCGUGUGCUUCAGCGGCAGGCCAAGUCAAUCAAGGAGCAGGUCACAACCCUGGAAGACACGCUUGAAGAAGAUAUUAAAACCAUGGAAAUGGUGAAAUCCAAGUGGGAUCAUUUUGGCAGUAAUUUUGAGACCCUGUCCAUCUGGAUAUUGGAGAAAGAGAAUGAACUCAGUUCCUUGGAAGCGUCAGCAUCUGCCGCGGAUGUGCAGAUCAGCCAAAUCAAGGUCACAAUUCAAGAAAUAGAAAGUAAAAUUGACAGCAUUGUAGGGCUAGAAGAAGAAGCCCAGUCCUUUGCCCAGUUCGUCACCACGGGAGAGUCUGCUCGCAUCAAAGCCAAGUUGACACAGAUAAGAAGAUACUGGGAGGAGCUCCAAGAGCAUGCACGGGGUCUGGAAGGGACAAUUCUGGGCCACCUAUCACAGCAGCAAAAGUUUGAAGAGAAUCUGAGAAAGAUCCGGCAAUCUGUGUCUGAAUUUGCAGAGAGGCUGGCUGAUCCGAUUAAAAUAUGUUCCUCAGCUGCAGAGACGUACAAAGUUCUCCAAGAGCAUAUGGAUCUCUGUCAAGCCGUAGAGUCCCUCAGCAGCACAGUUACCAUGUUCUCAGCCAGUGCCCAGAAGGCGGUAAACAGAGAGUCCUGCACCCAGGAGGCUGCAGCCCUACAGCAGCAGUACGAGGAGAUACUACACAAAGCCAAAGAGAUGCAGACGGCACUGGAGGACCUGCUGGCCCGCUGGCAGAGGUUGGAGAAGGGACUAUCGCCCUUCCUGACCUGGUUAGAGCGAUGUGAAGCAAUAGCCAGUUCACCAGAAAAGGACAUUUCUGCAGAUAGAGGCAAAGUAGAAAGUGAACUGCAGUUAAUACAGGCCCUGCAAAAUGAAGUCGUGUCCCAGGCCUCGCUCUACAGCAAUCUCCUGCAGCUGAAGGAAGCCUUGUUCUCAGUGGCCUCCAAAGAGGACGUGGCGGUGAUGAAGCUGCAGUUGGAACAGCUGGAUGAACGCUGGGGAGACUUACCGCAGAUAAUUAGCAAAAGGAUGCACUUUCUCCAGUCCGUGCUGGCUGAGCACAAGCAGUUUGAUGAACUGCUAUUUUCCUUCUCUGUCUGGAUUAAGCAGUUUCUCGGCGAAUUGCAAAGGACUUCAGAGAUAAAUUUAAGGGACCAUCAAGUGGCUCUCACUCGGCACAAGGACCAUGCUGCAGAAAUAGAGAAGAAAAGAGGAGAGAUAACGCAUCUUCAAGGUCACUUGUCACAGUUGAGGAGUCUGGGCAGAGCCCAGGACCUUCACCCACUGCAGAGCAAGGUGGAUGACUGCUUCCAGCUCUUUGAAGAAGCCAGCCAGGUAGUGGAGAGGCGGAAGCUGGCUCUGGCACAGCUAGCAGAAUUCCUGCAGAGCCAUGCCUGCAUGUCUACUCUUCUCUAUCAGCUCAGACAAACAGUAGAAGCCACCAAAAGCAUGAGUAAGAAGCAGUCUGACUCGCUCAAAACGGACCUUCACAGUGCCAUUCAAGAUGUGAAAACAUUAGAAUCCAGUGCCAUCAGUCUUGAUGGUACCCUGACCAAAGCCCAAUGCCACCUGAAAAGUGCGAGCCCCGAGGAAAGGACCUCCUGCAGAGCCACCACCGACCAGCUGUCUCUAGAAGUAGAGAGAAUCCAGAACCUUCUGGGAACCAAGCAGAGUGAGGCAGAUGCCCUGGUGGCACUGAAAGAAGCGUUCCGGGAGCAGAAAGAAGAGCUGCUGAGAAGCAUUGAGGAUAUUGAAGAGAGGAUGGACAGGGAGCGGUUAAAAGUGCCCACCCGCCAGGCUCUGCAGCAUAGGUUGAGAGUGUUCAACCAGCUGGAGGAUGAGCUAAACUCGCAUGAGCACGAGCUCUGCUGGCUGAAAGACAAAGCAAAACAGAUUGCCCAGAAGGACGUUGCAUUUGCACCUGAAGUGGAUAGGGAGAUAAAUGGCUUAGAGGCAACCUGGGACGACACUAGAAGACAAAUUCAUGAAAACCAGGGCCAGUGCUGUGGACUCAUUGACUUAGUAAGAGAAUAUCAGAGCUUGAAGUCAACAGUGUGUAACGUUCUGGAAGAUGCAAGCAAUGUCGUUGUGAUGAGAGCUACCAUAAAGGACCAGGGGGACCUUAAGUGGGCGUUUUCCAAGCAUGAAACUUCCAGGAAUGAAAUGAAUUCUAAACAGAAAGAGUUGGAUAGUUUUACCAGCAAAGGUAAACACUUGUUAUCUGAGCUGAAAAAAAUCCACAGCGGCGAUUUCAGCCUGGUCAAGACAGACAUGGAGAGCACCCUGGACAAGUGGCUGGAUGUUUCAGAAAGAAUUGAGGAAAACAUGGACAUGCUGAGAGUGAGCCUGUCCAUCUGGGAUGAUGUCCUUUCAAGGAAAGAUGAGAUCGAAGGAUGGUCCAACAGCUCUCUCCCAAAGCUGGCAGAAAACAUCAGCAACCUAAACAACAGUCUCAGAGCUGAAGAGCUCCUGAAAGAACUGGAGUCUGAAGUUAAAAUCAAAGCCUUAAAAUUGGAAGAUCUACAUUCCAAAAUCAACAAUCUUAAAGAACUAACGAAAAAUCCAGAAACACCAACAGAACUUCAGUUUAUAGAAGCAGACUUAAGGCAGAAGCUGGAACACGCCAAAGAAAUCACCGAGGAAGCAAGGGGAACCCUGAAGGAUUUCACGGCUCAGAGGACCCAAGUGGAGAGAUUUGUCAAGGACAUCACAGCGUGGCUGAUCAAUGUGGAGGAAUCAUUGACCAGAUGUGCCCAAACCGAGACUUGCGAAGGGCUGAAGAAAGCCAAGGACAUACGAAAAGAACUUCAAAGUCAACAAAACAGCAUCACCUCCACUCAAGAAGAGCUCAACAGUCUGUGCCGGAAGCACCACUCGGUGGAGCUGGAGAGCCUGGGCCGUGCAAUGACUGGGCUAAUAAAGAAACAUGAAGCCACGAGCCAGCUGUGCUCCCAAACCCAGGCCCGCAUACAGGACUCUCUGGAAAAACACUUCAGUGGUUCUAUGAAAGAAUUCCAAGAAUGGUUUUUAGGAGCAAAAGCAGCAGCCAGAGAAUCUUCUAAUCUAACUGGUGACAGCCAAAUUCUCGAAGCCAGGCUCCACAAUCUUCAGGGUGUCCUGGAUUCGCUGAGUGAUGGGCAGAGCAAGCUGGACGUGGUGACUCAGGAAGGACAAACUCUGUAUGCACAUCUGCCCAAGCAGAUUGUUAGCAGCAUCCAGGAGCAAAUCACAAAAGCCAAUGAAGAAUUCCAAGCUUUCCUGAAACAAUGCCUUAAAGAGAAGCAGGCUCUCCAGGACUGUGUUUCAGAGCUGGGGAGCUUUGAGGACCAGCACAGAAAAUUGAACUUAUGGAUCCAUGAGAUGGAGGAAAGGUUAAAAACAGAAAACUUAGGGGAGAGUAAACACCAUAUUUCCGAGAAGAAAAACGAAGUCCGCAAGGUCGAGAUGUUCCUGGGAGAACUUCUGGCUGCCAGAGAGUCCCUCGACAAGCUCUCCCAGAGAGGGCAGCUUCUCAGCGAAGAAAGCCACAGUGCAGGGAAGGGAGGCUGCCGGAGCACCCAGCUCCUUACCAGCUACCAGAGCCUUCUCCGAGUCACCAAGGAAAAGCUGCGCAGCUGUCAGCUGGCCCUGAAGGAGCACGAGGCUCUGGAAGAAGCCACACAGAGCAUGUGGGCCCGGGUGAAGGAUGUGCAAGACAGGUUGGCUUGUGCAGAGAGCACUCUUGGGAACAAGGAGACAUUGGAGGGGCGAUUGUCACAGAUUCAGGACAUUCUCCUUAUGAAAGGUGAAGGAGAAGUAAAGUUGAAUCUGGCCAUUGGCAAAGGGGACCAGGCCUUAAGAAGCAGCAACAAGGAGGGGCAGCAGGCAAUUCAGGAUCAGCUGGAGAUGCUCAAAAAGGCGUGGGCUGAGGCCAUGAAUUCGGCUGUCCAUGCGCAAAGCACCCUGGAGUCUGUGAUUGACCAAUGGAAUGACUAUCUAGAGAAGAAAAGCCAGUUGGAGCAGUGGAUGGAAUCCGUGGACCAGCGACUAGAGCAUCCUUUACAGCUGCAGCCAGGGCUCAAGGAGAAGUUUUCCUUGCUGGACCACUUCCAGUCCAUAGUGUCCGAGGCAGAGGAUCACACGGGAGCUCUGCAGCAACUCGCAGCAAAGUCCAGGGAGCUCUACCAGAAGACCCAGGAUGAGUCCUUCAAAGAGGCUGGCCAGGAGGAACUAAGAACUCAGUUUCAGGACAUAAUGACUGUGGCCAAGGAGAAAAUGAGGACAGUGGAGGACCUUGUGAAAGACCACCUCAUGUACUUAGAUGCUGUCCAGGAAUUCGCAGAUUGGCUCCACUCGGCAAAGGAAGAGCUUCACCGCUGGUCGGACACAUCUGGGGAUCCAUCAGCUACCCAGAAAAAGCUGCUCAAAAUCAAGGAGCUGAUAGAUUCCAGAGAGAUCGGUGCAGGCCGCCUAAGCAGAGUGGAGUCGCUGGCCCCGGCUGUGAAACAGAACACAGCUGCCAGUGGGUGUGAGCUUCUGAACUCGGAGAUGCAGGCCCUGCGCGCCGACUGGAGGCAGUGGGAAGACUGCCUCUUCCAAACACAGAGCAGCCUGGAGAGCCUAGUCAGUGAAAUGGCUCUCUCCGAGCAGGAGUUCUUUGGCCAGGUGACCCAACUCGAGCAGGCCCUGGAACAGUUCUGCACCCUUCUGAAAACCUGGGCCCAGCAGCUCACCCUCCUGGAAGGCAAGAACUCUGACGAGGAGAUCCUGGAAUGCUGGCACAAAGGACGAGAGAUCCUGGAUGCUCUACAAAAGGCAGAGCCUAUGACAGAGGAUCUCAAGUCUCAGUUGAAUGAGCUAUGCCGGUUUUCCAGGGACCUGAGUCCAUACAGUGAGAAAGUCUCAGGCUUAAUUAAAGAAUAUAACUGUCUCUGUCUGCAAGCUUCCAAGGGCUGCCAGAAUAAAGAACAGAUUUUGCAGGAAAGAUUUCAGAAGGCCUCCAGGGGCUUCCAGCAGUGGUUGGUUAACGCAAAAAUCACCACGGCCAAGUGUUUUGAUCUACCUCAGAAUCUUAGUGAAGUUUCUUCCAGUCUUCAGAAGAUCCAGGAGUUUCUGUCAGAAAGUGAAAAUGGGCAACAUAAGCUAAACACAAUGCUGUUCAAAGGGGAGCUGCUGAGCUCUCUGCUGACCGAAGAGAAAGCACAAGCUGUCCAGGCCAAAGUCCUAACCGCAAAAGAGGAAUGGAAAAGUUUUCAUGCAAAUCUCCACCAAAAGGAAUCAGCCCUGGAGAAUCUAAAGAUCCAGAUGAAAGACUUUGAAGUGAGCGCAGAACUUGUGCAGAACUGGCUGAGUAAAACGGAGAGGCUGGUGCAGGAGAGCAGCAAUCGCCUCUAUGACCUGCCCGCCAAGAGGAGAGAACAGCAGAAGCUGCAGUCUGUCCUUGAGGAGAUACAGUGCUACGAGCCUCAGCUCCACAGGCUGAAGGAGAAAGCUCGGCAGCUAUGGGAGGGACAAGCUGCAAGCAAGAGCUUUGUGCACAGAGUGUCGCAGCUGUCUUCUCAGUAUCUAGCGCUAAGCAAUGUAACCAAGGAGAAAGUGUCCAGGCUGGACAGAAUUAUUGCUGAGCACAACCGGUUCUCCCAGGGCGUUAAAGAACUGCAGGACUGGAUGUCAGACGCAGUUCACAUGCUGGAUUCCUACUGCCUCCCCACGUCAGAUAAAAGUGUGCUGGACAGCAGAAUGCUCAAGCUGGAGGCUCUGCUGUCAGUGAGACAGGAAAAAGAGAUUCAGAUGAAAAUGGUUGUGACCCGGGGGGAGUAUGUUCUGCAGAGUACCUCUCUGGAAGGCAGCGCUGCUGUUCAGCAGCAGCUGCAGGCUGUGAAAGAUAUGUGGGAAUCCCUCUUGUCUGCAGCAAUUCGAUGUAAGAGUCAGCUGGAAGGAGCACUCUCAAAGUGGACAAGUUAUCAGGAUGACGUGCGGCAGUUCUCCAGCUGGAUGGACAGUGUGGAAGUCAGCCUGACCGAAUCGGAGAAACAGCACACAGAGCUUCGGGAGAAAAUAACUGCUCUGGGGAAAGCCAAGCUAUUAAAUGAGGAAGUGCUGAGUCACAGCAGCCUGCUGGAGACCAUUGAAGUCAAGAGGGCAGCCAUGACAGAGCAUUAUGUUACCCAGUUAGAACUGCAAGAUCUGCAGGAAAGACACCAAGCCCUCAAAGAGAAGGCCAAGGAAGCAGUGACAAAAUUGGAAAAGCUGGUCCGCCUUCAUCAAGAGUAUCAGAGAGACCUAAAGGCGUUUGAAAGUUGGCUGGAGCAAGAACAAGAGAAACUUGACCGAUGUUCAGUGCAUGAGGGUGACACCAAUGCCCAUGAGACAAUGUUGCGAGAUCUUCAGGAGCUUCAAGUGCGGUGCGCUGAGGGUCAGGCCCUGCUAAACUCAGUACUUCACACCAGGGAGGAUGUGAUCCCAUCAGGCCUCCCCCAGGCGGAAGACAGAGUGCUGGAGUCUCUUCGUCAGGACUGGCAGGUUUACCAGCACAGGCUGGCUGAGGCCCGGAUGCAGCUCAACAAUGUUGUAAACAAACUGAGGCUGAUGGAGCAGAAGUUCCAGCAAGCUGACGAAUGGCUCAAAAGAAUGGAGGAGAAAAUUAAUUUCAGGAGCGAAUGCCAGAGCAGCCGAUCCGACAAGGAGAUCCAGUUGCUUCAGCUGAAGAAGUGGCACGAAGACCUGUCAGCACACAGAGAUGAGGUUGAGGAGGUGGGAACCAGAGCGCAGGGGAUCCUGGAUGAGACUCACAUAAGCAGUAGGAUGGGCUGCCAGGCCACCCAGCUGACUUCUCGGUACCAGGCCCUGCUGCUCCAAGUGCUGGAGCAAAUAAAAUUCUUCGAAGAGGAACUGCAGUGUCUGGAGGAGACAGAGUCAUCCCUCAGCUCCUAUUCAGACUGGUACGGCUCCACUCAUAAAAACUUCAAGAAUGUGGCUACCAAAAUCGAUAAAGUCGAUGAAUCCAUGAUGGGGAAAAAACUGAAGACAUUGGAGGUUUUAUUAAAAGACAUGGAGAAGGGCCACAGUUUGUUGAAAUCAGCUCGAGAGAAAGGGGAGAGGGCAAUGAAAUUCCUAGCGGAGCAUGAGGCUGAGGCACUAAGAAAGGAGAUCCAUACCUACAUGGAGCAGCUGAAGAACUUGACGAGCACCGUCCGGAAGGAGUGCAUGAGCCUGGAGAAAGGCCUUCACUUAGCCAAAGAGUUCUCAGAUAAAUACAAAGUACUGGCCCAGUGGAUGGCAGAAUACCAGGAGAUCCUGUGCACACCCGAAGAACCCAAAAUGGAGCUAUAUGAGAAAAAAGCGCAGCUAUCCAAAUACAAGUCACUACAACAAAUGGUGCUGUCCCACGAGCCAUCCGUGACCUCAGUGCAAGAGAAGAGUGAGGCGCUUCUGGAACUGGUACAGGAUCAGAGCUUAAAGGACAAGAUACAAAAACUUCAAAGUGACUUCCAGGACCUCUGCAGCAGAGCGAAGGAGCGGGUCUUCAGUCUGGAAGCAAAAGUCAAAGACCACGAAGACUACAACACUGAGCUCCAAGAGGUAGAGAAGUGGCUGCUUCAGAUGUCUGGCCGGCUGGUGGCGCCUGAUCUUUUAGAGAUGAGCAGCCUAGAGACCAUCACUCAGCAGCUUGCCCAUCAUAAGGCGAUGAUGGAAGAAAUAGCAGGCUUUGAAGACCGCCUGGACAACCUUAAAGCCAAAGGUGACACUUUGAUUGGCCAGUGCCCUGAGCACUUGCAGGCAAAGCAGAAGCAGACUGUACAAGCUCACCUGCAGGGCACAAAGGACAGUUACUCAGCGAUCUGCAGCACAGCUCAGAGGGUAUACCGCAGCUUGGAAUAUGAACUCCAGAAGCAUGUCAGCAGCCAAGACACUUUGCAACAGUGCCAGGCAUGGAUCUCUGCAGUCCAGCCAGACCUGAAGCCCAGCCCACAGCCACCUCUCAGCAGAGCAGAAGCUGUUAAGCAGGUCAAACACUUCAGAGCUUUGCAAGAGCAGGCCAGGACCUACUUGGAUCUCCUUUGCUCCAUGUGUGACUUGUCAAACUCCUCAGUGAAAAACACAGCAAAAGAUAUUCAGCAAACAGAGCAGCUGAUUGAACAAAGGCUGGUCCAAGCACAGAACUUAACUCAGGGCUGGGAGGAGAUCAAGAGCCUGAAGGCCGAGCUCUGGAUUUACCUACAGGAUGCUGACCAACAACUCCAGAACAUGAAGAGGAGGCACACUGAGCUGGAGAUAAAUAUUGCUCAGAACAUGGUCAUGCAAGUGAAGGAUUUUAUUAAGCAGCUACAGUGUAAGCAGGUCUCUGUGAGCACCAUUGUAGAAAAGGUGGACAAGCUAACAAAGAACCAGGAGUCCCCUGAGCACAAGGAAAUAACCCACCUGAAUGACCAAUGGCAAGACCUUUGCCUCCAGUCUGACAAGCUAUGUGCACAGAGAGAACAGGACCUUCAGAGAACCAGCAGUUACCAUGACCACAUGCGUGUCGUUGAAGCCUUUCUUGAAAAAUUUACUACAGAAUGGGACAGCCUGGCCAGGUCUAAUGCAGAAAGCACAGCUAUCCACUUGGAAGCUUUGAAGAAGCUAGCCUUGGCCUUGCAAGAGGAAAUGUAUGCCAUCGAUGACCUGAAAGACUGCAAACAGAAACUGAUAGAGCAGCUGGGUCUCGAUGACAGAGAACUGGUGAGGGAACAGACCAGUCACCUCGAGCAACGGUGGUUUCAGCUCCAGGACCUUGUCAAAAGGAAAAUCCAGGUGUCAGUCACCAACUUGGAGGAAUUAAAUGUGAUCCAAUCCAGAUUCCAGGAGCUGAUGGAGUGGGCCGAAGAGCAGCAGCCUAACAUUGUGGAGGCCUUGAAGCAGAGCCCACCUCCUGGCAUGGCUCAGCACCUCCUCAUGGACCACCUGGCCAUCUGCAGUGAGCUGGAAGCCAAACAGGUGCUCCUGAAGUCCCUGAUGAAGGACGCAGAUCGUGUGAUGGCUGACCUCGGCCUCAAUGAGCGGAAGGUGAUCCAAAAGGCGCUCUCUGAGGCUCAGAAGCAUGUGAGUUGUCUCAGCGACCUAGUGGGCCAGCGAAGAAAGUACUUGAAUAAGGCCUUGUCUGAGAAAACCCAGUUUCUCAUGGCAGUCUUUCAGGCCACCAGCCAAAUCCAGCAACAUGAGCGAAAGAUCGUAUUCCGGGAAUAUAUCUGCCUACUUCCAGAUGACGUGAGCAAACAGGUCAAAACAUGUAAGACUGCCCAGGCCAGCCUCAAGACUUACCAGAAUGAGGUCACUGGACUUUGUGCCCAGGGUCGGGAAUUGAUGAAGGGAAUAACAAAGCAAGAACAGGAGGAGGUGCUGGGAAAGCUGCAGGAGUUACAGACUGUCUAUGACACCGUCCUGCAAAAAUGCAGUCACCGGUUGCAAGAGCUAGAGAAGAGUCUGGUCUCUAGAAAGCAUUUUAAGGAAGAUUUUGAUAAAGCCUGCCACUGGCUUAAACAAGCAGAUAUUGUCACUUUUCCUGAGAUCAAUCUCAUGAACGAGAAGACUGAGCUCCACGCUCAACUGGACAAAUACCAAAGCAUUCUGGAACAAUCUCCUGAGUAUGAAAACCUUCUGCUCACGCUGCAGACGACUGGGCAGGCCAUGCUACCGUCGCUAAAUGAAGUUGAUCACUCGUACCUAAGUGAAAAACUCAGUGCUCUGCCCCAACAGUUCAAUGUCAUCGUCGCCUUGGCUAAGGAUAAAUUCUAUAAAACCCAGGAAGCAAUUCUGGCCCGAAAGGAAUAUACUUCUUUGAUCGAGUUGACAACCCAGUCUCUGGGUGACCUGGAAGACCAGUUCCUGAAGAUGAGGAAAAUGCCUUCAGACCUGAUAGUUGAGGAGAGUGUGUCUCUUCAACAGAGCUGCAGUGCCCUUCUGGGUGAAGUGGUAGCCCUUGGGGAAGCUGUGAAUGAACUGAACCAGAAAAAGGAGAGUUUUCGCAGCACCGGUCAGCCUUGGCAGCCAGAGAAGAUGCUUCAGCUGGCCACCCUAUAUCAUAGGCUGAAGCGGCAAGCAGAGCAAAGGGUCAGUUUCUUAGAAGACACCACCAGCGUUUACAAAGAGCAUGCACAGAUGUGCCGGCAGCUAGAGAGUCAGCUGGAAGUCGUGAAAAGAGAGCAGGCCAAAGUGAACGAGGAAACCCUGCCUGCAGAGGAGAAGCUCAAGGUGUACCACUCGCUGGCAGGCAGUCUGCAGGACUCGGGGAUUCUGCUCAAACGAGUGGCCACGCACCUAGAAGAUCUUUCUCCACAUCUCGAUCCCACGGCUUAUGAGAAAGCCAAGAGUCAGGUCCAGUCCUGGCAGGAGGAGCUAAAACAGAUGACGUCUGACGUCGGGGAGCUGGUGACAGAAUGCGAAAGCAGGAUGGUACAGAGCAUAGACUUCCAGACUGAGAUGAGCCGUUCCCUAGACUGGCUUCGGAGGGUGAAGGCAGAGCUCAGUGGGCCAGUGUGUCUUGACCUCAGCCUCCAGGACAUCCAGGAGGAGAUCAGAAAGAUCCAGAUCCACCAGGAGGAGGUCUUGUCCAGCCUGAGGAUAAUGAGUGCUUUGAGUCACAAGGAGCAGGAGAAGUUCACGAAAGCCAAGGAGCUGAUUUCGGCAGAUCUGGAGCACACGCUGGCUGAGCUCCAGGAGCUAGAUGGAGAUGUGCAGGAAGCGCUGCGCACCCGGCAGGCAACCUUGACCGAAAUAUACAGUCGGUGUCAAAGGUAUUACCAAGUGUUCCAAGCAGCUAAUGAUUGGCUUGACGAUGCCCAAGAAAUGUUACAGCUGGCAGGCAAUGGCCUGGAUGUUGAGAGCGCAGAGGAAAACCUCAGAAGUCAUAUGGAAUUUUUCAAAACAGAGGGUCAGUUCCACAGCAACAUGGAGGAGCUCCGAGGUCUUGUGGCCAGGCUAGACCCACUCAUUAAGGCCACAGGAAAGGAAGAACUGGCACAGAAGAUGGCUUCCCUGGAAAAGAGGAGUCAGGGGAUCAUCCAGGAGUCCCACACCCAGCGGGACCUCCUGCAGAGAUGUAUGGUUCAGUGGCAAGAGUAUCAGAAAGCCAGGGAGGGGGUUAUCGAGUUGAUGAAUGAUGCAGAAAAGAAGCUGUCGGAGUUUGCAGUGUUAAAGACAUCUUCCAUUCACGAAGCCGAAGAAAAGCUGUCAAAACACAAGGCUUUAGUGUCUGUAGUUGACUCUUUCCAUGAGAAAAUUGUGGCUCUGGAGGAAAAAGCAUCACAACUAGAGCAAACCGGAAACGAUACAAGCAAAGCGACCCUAAGCAGGUCGAUGACCACUGUCUGGCAGCGCUGGACACGUCUCCGUGCUGUGGCCCAGGACCAGGAGAAGAUUCUGGAAGAUGCAGUAGAUGAGUGGAAGCGCUUGAGCGCUAAGGUCAAAGAAACCACUGAAGUGAUCAAUCAACUCCAAGGUAGAUUACCUGGAAGUUCAACAGAGAAAGCCUCCAAAGCAGAGCUCAUGACCCUCCUUGAAAGUCACGACACAUAUUUGAUGGAUCUGGAGAGUCAGCAGCUGACCCUGGGUGUGCUACAGCAGCGAGCGCUAAGCAUGCUUCAAGAUAGAGCCUUCCCUGGAACGGAGGAAGAGGUGCCCAUCCUUCGGGCAAUCACUGCGCUGCAAGACCAGUGUCUCAACAUGCAGGAGAAAGUGAAGAAUCAUGGCAAGCUGGUAAAGCAGGAGCUCCAAGAACGGGAAGCAGUGGAGACUCGUAUUAACUCUGUGAAGUCUUGGGUUCAAGAAACGAAGGACUAUUUAGGGAAUCCAACAAUAGAGAUCGACACACAACUAGAAGAACUGAAGAGACUCCUAGCUGAAGCCACCAGCCACCAAGAGAGCAUUGAGAAAAUUGCAGAAGAACAGAAGAAUAAGUACUUGGGUCUCUACACUGUCUUACCAUCUGAAAUCUCCCUCCAGCUAGCUGAAGUUGCGUUGGACCUAAAGAUCCAUGAUCAGAUCCAAGAGAAGGUACAAGAAAUUGAGGAGGGCAAGGCCAUGAGCCAGGAGUUCAGCUGCAAGAUCCAGAAGGUCACCAAAGACCUCACAACCAUUCUAACAAAGCUGAAAGCCAAAACUGAUGAUCUAGUUCAUGCUAAGGCUGAACACAAGAUGCUGGGGGAAGAGUUAGACGGCUGCAAUUCCAAGCUGAUGGAGUUAGAUGCUGCUAUACAGACGUUCUCAGAACGGCACAGCCAGCUGGGCCAGCCGCUGGCCAAGAAGAUAGGAAAGCUGACUGAACUCCAUCAGCAAACCAUCAGGCAGGCUGAGAACCGGCUGUCCAAGCUCAACCAGGCGUUAUCCCACAUGGAAGAGUACAAUGAAAUGCUCGAGACUGUUCGGAAAUGGAUCGAGAAAGCUAAAGUCUUGGUUCAUGGAAACAUCGCCUGGAAUUCAGCAAGCCAGCUCCAGGAACAGUACAUCUUGCACCAGACACUGUUAGAAGAAUCUGGCGAAAUUGACAGUGACCUGGAAGCAAUGGCUGAGAAAGUGCAACACCUUGCCAACGUGUACUGCACAGGAAAGUUAUCACAGCAAGUGACACAGUUUGGACGGGAGAUGGAGGAGUUACGGCAGGCGAUCAGAGUUCGUUUGAGGAACCUCCAAGAUGCAGCCAAGGACAUGAAAAAGUUUGAAGGCGAGCUAAGAAACUUGCAGGUGGCUUUGGAACAAGCCCAGACAAUUCUGACUUCUCCAGAAGUCGGGCGCCGUAGUCUCAAGGAGCAGCUGUGCCAUCGGCAGCAUCUGCUGUCUGAGAUGGAGUCACUGAAGCCAAAGAUGCAAGCCGUACAGCUCUGCCAGAGUGCUCUCCGGAUCCCUGAGGACGUGGUCGCCAGCUUGCCUCUGUGCCACGCUGCCCUGCGGCUGCAAGAGGAAGCCAGUCAGCUGCAGCACACAGCCAUCCAACAGUGCAACAUCAUGCAGGAGGCUGUGGUGCAGUAUGAACAGUACAAGCAGGAAAUGAAGCAUCUCCAGCAGCUGAUAGAAGAGGCACACAGAGAGAUCGAGGACAAACCCGUGGCCACCAGUAACAUCCAGGAGCUACAGGCACAGAUCUCUCUGCACGAGGAGCUGGCGCAGAAAAUCAAGGGCUACCAGGAGCAGAUCGACUCUUUGAAUUCCAAAUGCAAGAUGCUGACGAUGAAAGCCAAGCACGCAACUAUGCUGCUGACUGUGACCGAGGUCGAGGGACUGGCUGAAGGGACCGAGGAUCUGGACCGCGAGCUCCACCCUACGCCUUCAGCCCACCCCUCUGUGGUCAUGAUGACUGCAGGUCGCUGUCAUACUCUGCUGUCACCUGUCACUGAAGAGUCUGGGGAAGAGGGAACCAACAGUGAGAUUUCCUCUCCACCUGCCUGUCGCUCCCCAUCACCUGUGGCUAACACGGAGGCGGCUGUUAACCAGGACAUUGCGUACUACCAAGCUCUGUCAGCCGAGGGGUUGCAGACAGAUGCUGCAAGAAUUCCCCCCAGUGCUGCUGUAUCCCAAGAGUUGUAUGAGCCAGGACUGGAGCCUUCAGCGACUGCCAAGCUGGGUGACUUACAACGUUCCUGGGAAACCUUAAAAAACGUGAUCAGUGAGAAACAGCGGACUCUCUACGAAGUUUUGGAACGCCAGCAGAAGUACCAAGACUCUCUCCAAUCCAUCUCGACUAAAAUGGAGGCCAUGGAGAUGAAGCUAGGUGAGAGCCUCGAGCCCAGCCGGAGUCCAGAGAGCCAGAUGGCUGAGCACCAGUCUUCCCCACAGGCCCUGAUGGACGAGGUGCAGAUGCUACAAGACGAGAUCAAUGGGCUCCAGGUGUCUCUUGCUGAGGAGCUGGUGGCCGAGUCUCAGGAGUCGGACCCCGCGGAGCAGCUAGCUCUGCAGUCCACGCUCACUGUCCUGGCUGAGAGAAUGUCCACCAUCAGGAUGAAAGCAGCUGGCAAGCGGCAGCUUCUGGAGGAGAAGCUAAGUGAUCAGCUGGAGGAGCAGAGACAGGAGCAGGCUCUGCAGAGGUACCGCUGCGAGGCAGAUGAGCUGGACCACUGGCUGCUGAACACUAAGGCUACCCUGGAUGUUGCACUGGGUACAUCCCAGGAGCCCAUGGACAUGGAUGCCCAGCUGGUGGACUGCCAGAACAUGCUGGUGGAAAUCGAACAGAAAGUGGUGGCCCUGUCGCAGCUGUCCGUGCACAAUGAGAACCUGCUGUUGGAGGGCAAGGCUCACACUAAAGAGGAGGCCGAGCAGCUAGCGGUGAAGCUGAGGCUACUCAAAGGGAGCCUUGGAGAGCUGCAGAGGGCCCUGCAUGACAGACAGCUCGACAUGCAGCAGGGAGUCACACAAGAGAAAGAGGAGAACGAUGUUGACUUCACAGACACCCAGAGCCCCGGCGUGCAGGAAUGGCUGGCACAAGCCCGCACCACAAGGACCCACCAGCGGCAGAGCAGCCUCCAGCAGCAAAAAGAGUUCGAACAGGAGCUGGCCGAGCAGAAGAGCCUCCUCCGCUCAGUAGCUAGCCGUGGAGAGGAGAUUCUAACCCAACAUUCCACCGCAGAAGGUUCAGGUGGCCUUGGUGAAAAACCUGAUGUGUUAUCCCAGGAGUUGGGGAUUGCUGAAGACCAGAUGAGAGUGAAGUGGGAAAGCCUACACCAAGAGUUUAGUGCCAAGCAGAAGCUACUACAGAAUAUUCUGGAACAGGAGCAAGAACAAGUGCUUUACAGUAGUCCGAACAGACUCCUGUCAGGAGUACUUCCAUUCAGAGGGGAAGCACAGACUCAGGAUAAGACUUCAGUGACGUCCUUGCUGGAUGGGCUGAGCCAGGCCUUCGGGGAGGCGUCAUCACAGAGUGGAGGGACAGACAGACAGAGCAUUCACUUGGAGCAGAAGCUAUAUGACGGAGUCUCAGCCACUUCCACCUGGUUGAAUGACGUCGAGGAGCGCUUAUUUGUAGCCACGGCACCUUUGCCAGAAGAAACAGAAGCUUGUCUCUUCAACCAGGAGGCUCUUGCCAAGGACAUUAAGGAAAUGUCUGAAGAAAUGGAUAAGAACAAGAACUUGUUUUCCCAAGCAUUCCCAGAGGACAGUGACAACCGGGAUGUCAUUGAAGAUACUCUGGGUUGUCUUUUGGGCAGAUUGUCCCUGCUGGAUUCAGUAGUGGAUCAGCGGUGUCAUCAGAUGAAGGAAAGACUCCAGCAAAUCCUCCGUUUCCAGAAUGACCUGAAGGUGUUGUUUACAUCGUUAGCUGACAGCAAAUAUAUCAUUCUGCAGAAGCUGGCAAAUGUGUUUGAACAGCCCAUUGUGGAACAGAUGCAGGCCAUCCAACAGGCUGAAGAGGGACUCAGGGACCUCGAGGGUGGAAUCUCUGAGUUGAAACGGUGGGCUGACAAGUUGCAAGUGGAACAGUCUGCUGUGCAGGAACUCUCCAAGCUCCAGGACAUGUAUGACGAGCUAUUGAUGACUGUCAGCUCCCGGAGGAGCAGCCUCCACCAGAACCUUGCUCUCAAGAGUCAGUAUGAUAAGGCUCUGCAAGAUCUGGUGGACCUGCUGGACACUGGACAGGAGAAGAUGACAGGGGACCAAAAGAUCAUUGUAUGCUCCAAAGAAGAAAUCCAGCAGCUGCUUGGGAAGCACAAGGAAUACUUCCAGGGCCUGGAAUCGCACAUGAUUUUGACUGAAAUACUCUUCAGGAAGAUCGUUGGCUUUGCAGCUGUGAAGGAAACUCAGUUCCAUACGGACUGCAUGGCUCAGGCCUCUGCUGUGUUGAAGCAGGCUCACAAGAGAGGGGUGGAGCUUGAGUACAUCCUAGAGAUGUGGUCCCAUCUGGAUGAGAAUCGCCAGGAGCUCAGCAGACAGCUGGAGGUGAUAGAAAACAGCAUCCCAAGUGUGGGCCUGGUAGAAGAGAGUGAGGACAGACUUGUGGAAAGGACAAAUCUCUACCAGCAUUUAAAAUCCAGCCUCAAUGAAUACCAGCCCAAACUGUACCAAGCACUGGAUGAUGGGAAGCGACUUCUGAUGUCUGUCAGCUGUUCAGAGCUUGAAAGUCAGCUAAAUCAGCUGGGAGAGCACUGGCUCAGUAAUACGAACAAAGUAUCCAAGGAGCUGCACAGACUGGAGACCAUACUGAAACACUGGACCAGAUAUCAAAGUGAAGCUGCAGCUCUCAACCACUGGCUACAGUGCGCUAAGGACAGGCUGGCAUUUUGGACUCAGCAGUCUGUGACGGUUCCACAAGAACUGGAAAUGGUCCGGGAUCAUCUCAGUGCUUUCCUGGAGUUCUCUAAAGAAGUAGAUGCCAAGUCUGCCCUCAAGUCGUCAGUCACAAGCACAGGAAAUCAGCUGCUUCGGUUAAAAAAAGUGGACACAGCGGCCCUGCGUGCUGAGCUGUCCCGCAUGGACAGCCAGUGGACUGACCUACUGACCGGCAUCCCUGUUGUACAGGAGAAGCUCCAUCAGCUCCAGAUGGACAAGCUGCCUUCCCGCCAUGCCAUUUCUGAGGUAAUGAGUUGGAUCUCACUCAUGGAAAGUGUUAUCCUGAAGGAUGAAGAGGACAUUAGAAAUGCCAUCGGUUACAAGGCGAUCCACGAAUACCUUCAGAAAUACAAGGGUUUCAAGAUAGACCUUAACUGCAAGCAGCUAACGGCGGACUUUGUGAACCAGUCAGUGCUCCAAAUCAGCAGUCAGGACGUGGAGAGCAAGCGCAGUGACAAGACGGAUUUUGCUGAGCAGCUUGGGGCAAUGAAUAAAAGUUGGCAGCUCUUGCAAGGUCGAGUUGGAGAGAAGAUCCAGAUGUUGGAAGGCUUGUUGGAGUCAUGGUCAGAGUAUGAAAACAGUGUCCAGUCUCUGAAAGCCUGGUUUGCAAACCAGGAGAGGAAGCUGAAAGAGCAGCAUCUACUUGGCGAUCGGAAUUCUGUUGAGAAUGCUCUGAAGGACUGUCAGGAACUGGAAGAUUUGAUUAAAGCAAAAGAAAAGGAGGUAGAGAAAAUUGAGCAGAAUGGCCUCGCAUUGAUUCAGAACAAGAGGGAGGAGGUCUCUGGCAGUGUCAUGAGCACACUGCAAGAACUCAGGCAGACCUGGAUCAGUUUAGACCGCACGGUUGAACAAUUAAAGAUCCAGCUGACCUCAGCCCUUGGCCAGUGGAGCAAUCACAAAGCAGCCUGUGACGAGAUCAACGGUCACCUCAUGGAGGCCAGAUACUCCCUGUCCCGAUUCCGUCUGUUGACAGGUUCCUCCGAAGCUGUACAAGUUCAGGUCGACAAUCUUCAGAAUCUUCAUGAUGAACUAGAAAAACAGGAAGGAGGCUUACAGAAAUUUGGCUCUAUCACCAACCAACUAUUGAAGGAGUGUCACCCACCUGUGGCAGAAACCCUCUCCAGUACUCUGCAAGAAGUCAAUAUGAGAUGGAAUAACUUACUGGAAGAGAUCGCUGAACAGCUGCACUCCAGCAAGGCCCUCCUUCAGCUCUGGCAGAGAUACAAGGACUACUCAAAGCAGUGUGCCUCUGCCAUCCAGAGACAAGAGGAACAGACCAGUGUACUGUUGAAGGCAGCCACUAACAAGGAUAUCGCUGAUGAUGAAGUCACCAAGUGGAUUCAGGAUUGCAACGACCUUCUCAAGGGACUGGAGACAGUCAAGGACUCGCUUUUCAUCCUCCGUGAACUAGGAGAGCAGCUUGGACAGCAGGUGGAUGUUUCCGCAGCAGCAGCCAUUCAGUGUGAGCAGCUCUGUUUCAGCCAGCGCCUGGGGGCCCUGGAGCAGGCUCUUUGCAAGCAGCAAGCAGUAUUGCAGGCUGGAGUUGUUGACUAUGAAACAUUUGCCAAGAGCUUAGAAGCCUUAGAGGUCUGGAUGGUGGAAGCCGAGGGCAUCCUCCAAGGACAGGAUCCCACCCAUUCCUCUGACCUCUCUACUAUCCAGGAAAGGAUGGAGGAACUGAAGGGACAGAUGCUAAAGUUCAGCAGCUUGGCUCCUGAUUUAGACCGUCUCAAUGAGUUGGGGUACCGGUUACCCUUAAAUGACAAGGAGAUCAAGAGGAUGCAGAACCUGAACCGCCAUUGGUCUCUGACCUCUUCUCAGACCACAGAAAGAUUCAGCAAGUUGCAGUCAUUCUUGCUUCAGCACCAGACUUUCUUGGAAAAGUGUGAGACAUGGAUGGAAUUUCUGGUUCAGACAGAGCACAAGUUGGCAGUGGAGAUCUCAGGCAAUUACCAGCAUCUUUUGGAGCAGCAAAGAGCACAUGAGCUUUUUCAAGCCGAGAUGUUCAGCCGCCAGCAGAUCCUCCACUCCAUCAUUGUUGAUGGGCAGAAUCUUCUAGAACAAGGUCAAGUUGAUGAUAGGGAAGAGUUCAGCCUGAAGUUGACGCUCCUCAGUAACCAGUGGCAGGGAGUGAUUCGAAGGGCCCAACAGAGAAGGGGGAUCAUUGACAGCCAGAUUCGCCAGUGGCAACGCUAUAGGGAAAUGGCAGAGAAGCUCCGUAAAUGGUUGGCUGAGGUGUCUCAUCUGCCCCUGAGUGGUCUCGGGAACAUCCCAGUACCACUGCAACAAGUGAGGAUGCUCUUUGAUGAAGUUCAGUUCAAAGAGAAGGUGUUCCUGCGCCAGCAAGGGAGCUACAUCCUGACAGUGGAGGCUGGCAAGCAGCUCCUGCUCUCUGCCGACAGUGGCGCCGAGGCCGCCCUGCAGGCUGAGCUCACAGACAUCCAAGAGAAGUGGAAGGCAGCCAGCAUGCAUCUGGAGGAGCAGAAGAAAAAGCUGGCUUUUCUGUUGAAAGACUGGGAAAAAUGUGAGAGAGGGAUAGCCAAUUCUCUGGAGAAGCUCCGAAUGUUCAAAAAGAGGUUAUCUCAGCCUCUACCUGACCACCAUGAGGAACUUCAUGCAGAGCAGAUGCGGUGUAAGGAACUGGAAAACGCAGUUGGGAGGUGGACAGAUGACCUGACAGAGUUGAUGCUGGUGAGGGAUGCCCUGGCUGUCUACCUCAGUGCUGAGGACAUCUCCAUGCUGAAGGAACGCGUGGAGCUUCUGCAAAGACAAUGGGAAGAGCUUUGUCACCAGGUCUCCCUACGACGACAGCAAGUAAGCGAGCGCCUGAAUGAGUGGGCUGUCUUCAGUGAAAAGAACAAGGAGCUGUGUGAGUGGCUGACCCAGAUGGAGAGCAAAGUCUCUCAGAACGGAGACAUUCUCAUCGAAGAGAUGAUAGAAAAACUCAAGAAGGAUUAUCAAGAGGAAAUUGCUGUUGCCCAAGAGAACAAAAUCCAGCUUCAGGAAAUGGGAGAACGGCUUGCUAAAGCCAGCCACGAGAGCAAAGCCUCUGAGAUUCAGUACAAGCUCAGCAGAGUGAAGGACAGGUGGCAGCAUCUCCUGGACCUCAUGGCAGCUAGGGUGAAGAAGCUAAAGGAGACGCUGGUUGCUGUGCAGCAGCUGGACAAGAACAUGGGCAGCCUGAGGACUUGGCUGGCCCACAUGGAGUCAGAGUUGGCCAAGCCCAUAGUCUAUGAUUCUUGUAACUCUGAAGAAAUACAGAGGAAACUGAAUGAGCAGCAGGAGCUCCAGAGAGACAUCGAGAAACACAGCACAGGUGUCGCCUCCGUCCUCAACCUGUGUGAGGUUCUGCUGCAUGACUGCGACGCCUGUGCCACCGACGCAGAGUGUGACUCCAUCCAGCAGGCCACUCGCAACCUGGACCGGCGGUGGAGGAACAUCUGCGCCAUGUCCAUGGAGAGGAGACUCAAAAUUGAAGAGACGUGGCGACUGUGGCAGAAGUUUCUGGAUGACUAUUCUCGCUUUGAAGACUGGCUGGAGGUUUCAGAAAGGACGGCUGCUUUCCCCAGUUCUUCCGGGGUGCUCUAUACAGUUGCCAAGGAGGAGCUGAAGAAGUUUGAGGCUUUCCAGCGGCAGGUCCAUGAGAGCCUGACCCAACUAGAGCUUAUCAACAAACAGUACCGGCGCCUGGCCAGAGAGAAUCGCACAGACUCCGCCUGCAGCCUCAGGCAGAUGGUCCAUGGGGGCAACCAGAGAUGGGACGACCUACAGAAGCGGGUCACCUCCAUCUUGCGCAGGCUCAAGCACUUCAUUAGCCAGCGUGAGGAGUUCGAGACUGCCCGGGACAGCAUUCUUGUCUGGCUCACAGAGAUGGAUCUGCAGCUCACCAAUAUUGAACACUUUUCGGAAUGUGACGUUCAAGCUAAAAUAAAGCAACUCAAGGCUUUCCAACAGGAGAUCUCACUGAACCACAAUAAAAUCGAGCAGAUCAUUGCCCAGGGGGAGCAGCUGAUAGAGAAGAGCGAGCCACUGGAUGCCGCUGUCAUCGAGGAGGAACUGGACGAGCUCAGACGCUACUGCCAGGAGGUCUUUGGACGUGUGGAAAGAUAUCACAAGAAACUGAUCCGCCUGCCUCUGCCAGAUGACCAUGACCUCUCAGACCGAGAACUAGAUCUCGAAGACUCCACGGCUCUUUCAGACCUCCGCUGGCAGGACCCGUCUGCAGAUGGCAUGCCCUCCCCACAGCCUUCUUCCAACCCCUCCCUCUCCCUUCCUCAGCCCCUCCGGAGUGAGCGGUCAGGGCGAGAUACGCCGGCCAGCGUGGACUCCAUCCCCCUGGAAUGGGACCACGAUUACGACCUCAGUCGAGACCUAGAGUCAGCAUCCCGAACUCUGCCCUCAGAAGAUGAAGAAGGCGAGGAAGACAAGGAGUUCUACCUCAGGGGAGCUGUUGGCUUGUCAGAUGUAGUCAUCCCCGAGAACCCUGAGGCCUAUGUAAAACUCACAGAAAAUGCAAUCAGAAAUACGUCUGGGGAUCCCAGCUCACUGGAGUCACAGAUGAGGCAACUGGACAAAGCCCUGGAUGACAGCCGCUUCCAGAUACAGCAAACCGCAAAUAUCCUCAGAAGCAAAACCCCCACAGGGCCAGACCUGGACACCAGCUACAAGGGCUACAUGAAGCUGCUGGGCGAGUGCAGUGGCAGCAUAGAUUCCGUGAGGAGACUGGAGCACAAGCUGGCGGAGGAAGAGAGCUUUCCUGGCUUCGUUAACCUCAACAGCACAGAGACUCAGACAGCUGGUGUAAUUGACCGCUGGGAGCUCCUGCAGGCCCAGGCAAUGAGCAAGGAGUUGAGGAUGAAGCAGAACCUUCAGAAGUGGCAGCAGUUUAAUUCUGACCUCAACAACAUCUGGGCCUGGCUAGGAGAGACAGAGGAGGAGCUGGACAGGCUCCAGCACCUGGCGCUCAGCACUGACAUCCACACCAUCGAGUCUCACAUCAAAAAGCUCAAGGAGCUCCAGAAAGCCGUGGACCACCGCAAAGCCAUCAUCCUCUCCAUCAACCUCUGCAGCUCUGAGUUCACCCAGGCUGACAGCAAAGAGAGUCAUGACCUGCAGGAUCGCUUAUCCCAGAUGAAUGGGAGAUGGGAUCGAGUGUGCUCUCUGCUGGAGGACUGGAGAGGCUUGCUGCAGGAUGCACUGAUGCAGUGCCAGGAGUUCCAUGAAAUGAGCCAUGCCUUGCUUCUCAUGCUAGAAAACAUUGACAGAAGGAAAAAUGAAAUUGUCCCAAUUGAUUCAACCCUUGACCCAGAGACACUUCAGGACCAUCACAAGCAACUCAUGCAAAUAAAGCAGGAGUUGCUGAAGUCCCAACUCAGAGUGGCCUCACUACAAGACAUGUCUCGCCAACUCUUGGUGAAUGCUGAAGGUUCAGAUUGUCUAGAAGCCAAAGAAAAGGUCCAUGUGAUUGGAAACCGGCUCAAACUUCUCCUGAAGGAGGUCAGCCAUCAUAUCAAGGAUCUUGAGAAGUUACUAGACAUGUCAAGCAGUCAGCAGGAUUUGUCAUCAUGGUCUUCUGCAGAUGAGCUGGACACCUCAGGAUCUGUGAGUCCCACAUCCGGAAGAAGUACCCCAAACAGACAGAAAUCGCCACGAGGCAAAUGUAGUCUCUCACAGCCUGGACCCUCUGUCAGCAGCCCAAAGAGCAGGUCCACAAGAGAUGGCUCCGAUUCCUCCCGUUCUGACCCCAGGCCAGAACGGGUGGGUCGAGCCUUCCUGUUCCGGAUCCUCCGGGCAGCUCUUCCCUUUCAGCUGCUCCUGCUGCUGCUUAUUGGACUCACCUGCCUUGUACCCAUGUCAGAGAAAGACUACAGCUGUGCCCUCUCCAACAACUUUGCCCGAUCCUUCCAUCCGAUGCUCAGAUAUACCAACGGUCCUCCUCCACUCUGAAGCAAGCAGACAUCCCCACACAAGUGCAGGCAGUAAGAGGAGAAGGAAUAUCAAAUGGCCGAGAAGCACCUAAAGAAAAGUUCAACAUCCUUAAUCAUCAGGGAAAUGCAAAUCAAAACAACCCUGAGAUGGAGACAAAUGCUCCACCAUGUUCAUAGCAGCCUUAUUUAUAAUAGCCAGAAGCUGGAAAGAGCCCGGAUGUCCCUCAACAGAGGAAUGGAUACAGAAAAUGUGGUACAUUUACACAAUACUCAGCUAUUAAAAAACAAUGAAAUUCCUAGGCAAAUGGAUGGAACUAGAACAUAUCAUCCUGAGUGAGGUAACCCAAUCACAAAAGAACACACAUGGUAUGCACUCACUGAUAAAUGGAUAUUAGCCCCAAAGCUCCAAAUACUAAAGAUACAAUUCACAGAUCAAAUGAAGCUCAAGAAAAAAGAAAACCAAAAUGUGGGUGCUUCCGUCCUUCUUAGAAGGAAAACAAAAUACUCACAGGAGCAAAAUAUGGAGAUAAAAUGUAGAGCAGAGACUGAAGGAGAAGCAUCCAAAGACUGUCCCACCUGGGCAUUCAUCCCAUAUACAGUUACCAAACCCAGACACUAUUGUGGAUUUCAAGAAGAAAAUGCUGAAAGGAGCCUGAUAUAGCUGUCUCCUGAGAGGCCCUGCCAGAGCCUUACAAAGGUGGAUGCUCACAGCCAACCACUGGACUGUGCAUGGGGUCCUCAAUAGAGGAGUUAAAGGACUGAAGGAGUUGAAUGGAAUUGCAACCCCAGAAGAAGAACAACAAUAUCAACCAACCAGUCCCCCCAGAGCUCCCAGGGACUAAGCCAUCAACCAAGGAGCACGCAUGGCUCUAGUUGCAGAGGAUGGCCUUGUCAUGCAUCAAUGGGAGGAGAGGUCCUUGGUUCUAUGAAGGCUCGAUAGAUAGAUGCCCCAGUGUAGGGGAAUUGAGGGUGGGGAGGUGGGAGUGGGUGGGUUGAGGAACACCCUCAGAGAAGCAGGGGGAGGGAAGAUGGGAUAGGGGGUUUCGGGGGGGGGGACCAGGAAAGGGGAUAACAUUUGAAAUCUAAAUAAAGAAAAUAUCCAAUUAAAAGAAAAAAAGAGGGGAACAGGCCCAAAACAACCCCAGGCUGUUAGAGAAGACGUGAUCUUGGCAGAGGUCCUCAUAUGACAGCUUCAGUUCUCCAUACCCUUUGUGGGGGGAAAAUGAGCCUUUGGACAUAGACAGUAAACAGCAGGAGACACUGGACAUAGACAGUAAACAGCAGGAGGCACAAAACAUGGGAUUGGUACUGUGUCAUUUGACACUCUGAGCCUUAAUAAGAAAUUAAGUUAAGGACAUAUAGUGUUCCCUGGACCCAUGAAAUCUGGGCCUUUGGCAUAGCCAAUGGCUCUCUCUACUGGGCCAUCUGGGCAGCUUUCCUAUGGUGCUGCUCGAUCAACCCAAAAGCCUCUCUCCCAGGCACCAUGUCAGUAUUGUACAACCUAUCAUCCCACCCUGCUGGGGGCUUUAGAACUUCUCACAGACCAUUUUUAGGAAGGCAUAUGGCAGCUUCCUUUCUACCUUGGUUUCUUUGGGGCAUGAUGCUUUGAUGUUGCUUUAGAGGCACAGGCUGUAAAUCUGAAAGGCACUUAAAAAAAAGGUAUAAAGAAAAUCUGGAUGUAAUAAAAUCAUGGAAAGCUUUAUGUGAAGAAAAUUGAAUGUUAUAGUAUAAAAAAGAUAUUUAUGAAUGUACAGUUUGCUAAAGCCAAGUUUUUGUUUGUUGAUUUCUUUGCAUUUAUUAUAGACACUAUAAAGAACGUUGUCACAAAAAAAAA